GCUGACAAGUAUCAUCUUGGCGAAGAAGCAGAUAAACUGGGCGAGUAAGUGUACUAGUAGUUUGCAUUUAUAAAUGUCUGUAACGCAGACUACAAAACAGGAUCCUAAACUUGCUGGUCAUGUCCACGUAUUCACAUAAUCCUCUUCAUCAUGUGGAAACUAUGAAAUUUAGAACAACUAGAACUCUCCAGUUCUCUUGUUAAGGAAAAAAGAUUCUCAGUCAAACCAAGCCCCUGCGAUUCCGCAAUCUUGGCGUCCAGAAGAUGGGAAAGCUUUCAACAAAAUCGUGGCAGACGGGAUCUCAGUUCGGGGUUUGUUUGUUUGUUUUUUUGCUUGCGUAAGUUAAAAAAACCAAUAGCAUAUCGAAUAAAAGUAGUUUUCGUUGACAUUCUGAGAGUAUACUGCGUUUACAUGGUUUUCUGUCGGUUUAGGAAGUUUUUCUGUUUCGUAGAGGCGGGGGUGACGGUAGACCUCAUUCGAGGUUGCCGUGGCUGCUUAACUUUCUAAAUCUAUCUGUAAAUCACCUCAGUUACGUGGUUUCUCCAAACCGAUUGAUAGCUGUAUCCCCUGGAAAAAUCAGUAGCCAACGUAUCGGAUAUUUUCUUUACUUAUGGUAGUUUCACAAAAGAAGUAGUUUCGGCAUCACUAUUACGCAAUUGCCAGUACUAACUUAAGAAAGUUUUUUAAAAGAUGAGCGAUCACAUUUGCAGCAAUUUCAGUAGCUACAUGUUACGUUGAACAGCUGCACUGUAAGUUGGCGGGCCCCUUUAUAUGCAAGGCGCAAGCGAGACAAGCAGGUUUAUUACAAGAGAGCAGAAUUAGUGUGAAUGGUACACAAGAGCUGCAAUUAGUAUAUCCCUUAGUUUUGUUCUGUCUGAAUUUUUCUGCUUGUUUGUUUAUGAGUUUGUUUGUAUCAUGAAGGCUUCACCGCUUUAGUUCCUAUAUCGGUAAUGUUCAUCGGACCACCAGUAAGAAGGCGUCGUCUGGCGUGAAAACUUAUUAAAAACUCUGCACAAUUUGUGCCAUGAUAUUUAUUUCUCAGUUGGUGACCAGGAAAUUAUGACCAGUUUUUGCUGAUAAAACGCGCAAAACAGUUUAUCUAAGAAACAAGGAAAAUUCAACUGUAUUAUCGGGAACGGAAAAUUCUGGUGAUAAAUGUGUGUUUUCAUUCGCAUUUACUCAUCCGUAAAAGUGACGAUAAGGAAAUGAGUAAUGACUGAUGACGAAGAUCCAAUAAUGACGAAGUUUAAUAUUGUAUUGACAAGAUUUUCUUGAUUUGUUUUAGUUCUUAAUAAGAUCAAUAUUGAUAAUUUUCUUUUGGUGAACUGAAUCCAUGGGAUCAUUGCGAAAUUGUCCUGAUUUUAUUGUUUAUAUCAUUGCUGACCCAUUGCUGAUCAUGUCCAAGUCGAGCAGCGCUGGCUUCAGCUUAAUCGUUCAGUUUCAAACACAUUGACUUCCUGUACUUUUAAGUAUGGGAAGUCAGUAAAAUACUUUCUUCUCAGUUUAUUCCAACAGUUCCACUGAACUGAUCUCGGACUUAUUCUAAAUAGAAGUAAUUUUUCUGAUCAAAAAACCUUCAUUUACUUGUACCAAUUAAGUAAGCGACACGGCACCUUUCACAUUAGCAAAGUUCCGAAAUCAGUCUUCCUACCCCUUGUAGCACCUUACAUGAGGCAAAAGUCAAAAAUUAGUGACCACCAAAUCUUCCGGCUUGUGUGAUCGCGAUUGGAAGGUUUGAGUGUUCUACUUUUGCUUGAGUUAUAGAUUUAUUUCUACCUUUACAGAGCGAAUUUACCGAAUAAAAAUUCCCUAGUAGAAAAUUAAAUCAAAUUUGCAUGCAGAGUACACUGGGACUGAUUCAAAGUAAAUCAGUUUAUUUGUUGAACCACAGUAGCCGGAUGCCGAUUACGUAAAAAAACCCUUUACAAUAUUGUACUUCUCUUUUACACUCUCAGUAGCCAGCGUAGCGGGGGAUUUAACGAGUGAAUGCUGGUACUUGUUUUGGCGGAGGAGCCGUCCGAGCAUAGCGGCGAUUAGCCUUGAGGCCGAAAUCGCUUUAACAAUAUCGUCAACAUGGUUUCAAGUCUUGAUUGGGACUUAAGAAACAGCACCAGAUAAACUAGUUCCCAGAACUUUCUCUCAUUUGAGGAGGCAACGAAUAAAAAAAAUCCGAAAGGGUUCAUUGAGUCACGCACGUUCCUCCCUAAAAUGUGAUGACCCUUCGCCGAGGAAAAUAACAUUACGUAUAUGCGAAAGGCGUAAAUGGGGAGUGAUGGAGGUGGGGCAAACAAAGCGGAGUAUAAUAGAUAACAGCUGAUAACAAAUUUAUAGCAGUUAGUUAUGUAAAGGAAACAAAAUAAAAAUUUUGAUGUGAAGCUUUUCUUGUUUUUUCCUAACGAUCACCCGUUCGUGACUUCUUACAAACUCUACUCACGUGUUGUCUGUUGUUCUCUGUUGUGUGCAAUACUUAUUCACAAUACCGCUGAUCACAAGUAUUCAUUUUGCGAGUUAGUUCGUUCGUUUUGUCCUGUUCCGGUUGGGUUGCAACACUUCUGCUACGUCGCGUUGUUAAGCUAUCGUUUGCUUUGCAUCUCGUCGAGAUGACUGUCUUUGGAUGAUUUGAUAACUAUGUCGGAGAGUCGAAAUUUAACGAUCUGUGACUUGGCGCUCGUGAAAUGACAGAGUUUGAGUUAGAAGAUGGACCUUUAGGAAGCGAAACUACCGGCGGAUUUUCUGACAGAUACGAAGUUAAGGAGAAACUGGGCGCGUAAGUGGACGCUGUUUGUUUUCGUUAUAACACGAAUAUAUCCCGAAAAGAAGUGCAUGUUUCUUCAAACGAAUUUAAUUUUGCAACUUGUUGUUGAGAAAAUAUCAUAGAGCUUGGCGUGAGGACGGCCACGGUUCGUUUAACCUGUUUUUUCUCGUGAGGGAAGAUACCCGGCAAUUUGACGUGGUAUGUUAUGCAAACUCUAACCUCGCCUUUUCGCGAGUUUGUCAUUCGACGACAGGUUCCCUCACUAAAUUCCUAGCACUAAAAGAAGUUUUUAAGUCAGCGGCAGAUCUAGAUGUUCGUUUAAGAAGUAUAACAGCGAAGGGUUAGGUCACAUCCGUUGUUCAAUCUAAGGUUGUGCAUGGGGACCUGUGCAUGGUAUUAUGUAAGCUCAUGUAAGACUUACGUAGUUGUUGCAUCUAUUAAAGCGAAUUUAUACAUGCUGCUCCUUGGUAAAGGCAAAGUACCGAUGUAUCAAGAGGGAUUAAAUGUUUAAUAUUUCACUGACACGAAAUUGAAAGGAAUCUGUAGUGUUAGUUUAUGUGUAGCAUUUUAUUGACUGCUCGAAGCCGAACAGUUGCAGCAGCUAAUUUCCGUUCAGACGUAAUUUGACUUUUCCUAAAAGUUCCUAUCCAAGGAAGCAUAGACAUUUUGAAGAUCUACUGAGCAAGUAUGAUCAGUAAUGAAGAAAUAUAUCUUUACAGGGCAGCUUUUAAUGUACAAGCAAUUUAGAUUUAUUUUGUGAAGAAGUUUUUAAUUUGGUGAACAGUUUUAACCUUGAACCCAAUUCAAUGUUUGCAUAGCCUCCCACUCAGGCAUUUUUAGGGGAACUCGUCUCUCAUCCUCGGUGUAAAACCCUGUUAAACUCACGGGUGACGUAAAACAAUGAAUACAAAGAAGUCAACACAAGAGAGCCAAGGAAAAUAAUAGCUAGAAAACAAAGAAAAACUUCACAGGUUUUUACACCGAGGUAAACCCGUUUGCGUGGACAAUCUUCUUAAGAUAGAGCUUUUUUCAAAUUUACAGUCAAAGUUGCUAGUACCCUCCUUCAGACAAAUAACACCUCUAAACAAUGCCAAGAAUUUAUCUUGUCCUGGUGUGUCUAUACUGUAGUUGGUGUUAGUCACCAAGGUGAUGCAAUAACUUAAAAGGAAUUGAUGACAACACUUGUGCAUAAAACAACUACUCAGCAUUUGUGAAAUAAUAAUUGUGGUUUGAGCAGAUGAUAAAAAAUAUUUUUAUUACUCUCCACAUUUUCAGAGGAAUCUCCAGUGUGGUACGAAGAUGUUUCCACAAAGAAACUGGAAAACCAUAUGCCGUGAAAAUAAUUGACAAGCUUAGUGAUACAGGUGGUGUGGAUAUUGAGGCAACAACAAGAGAAGAAGUCCUUAUUUUACUAUCCUUACAAGGACAUGAGAAUAUAAGUAAGUGACUUUUUUUGUUUUGACUGGUAUUCUGUUGAGUGCUCCAUUAAGUCUGUAUCUUAGUGCAGCCCUUACAAAUAUUCCAGUGUGGUAUAGGUUAAGGGAUGUAUUAUUUAACCAACUGAAAACGCUUCCAUGUUUGCAUAGUGAGAAUUCAAGACAGUUAUGCAAACCUGAGAUGAAGUCAAGGAUUUGCAGAACUGUCGUGAAUUCUCCCAACCCCUUGAGUGUUUAUAUCAGGCUAUACAAAAACAGGAAAAAAGUUUUCUAUUGCUUUUAUAAAUUAACUUUCCCAAGAAAAAAUGCAAAACUCUUUGUUAUGGCACUGAUUUAUAGAGAAAUUCUUGCCAGUUGCGAAGUCUUGUAUACAAAGUCUUGCAUGCGUAAUCAGUUUUGCAAAAAAGAUGCUUUCCAAAAUACAGAUUUUUCUUGUUUAAAAUAAUGUCAGCUUAAGCAACAAAAAAUUGACACAGCAUGUUUGUUAAGAUUUUCCAAGUUUUGGCCAAUGACAGAAUGGGUAAAUAAAGUAAACUCGUUGAGUUUUCAAUUAAAAAACGUUUUCAAAUUUGUGCUUGCAUGAUUAGUGUGGGAAGAGCAAAACAUCUUGACAUCACAACCAUCUUUACAUACUCUCAUGCAUGCCUCUAUGCCAGUCAGAACGUGUGAACUAUCUUACAUGUAGUUAUUUUAUAAAAGUUCUUAAAAAAGGUUCAUUGUAUUAUAUGAAGCUUACUAACUCUAGCCCAUGAAGAAUGCAUUUCAGUAAAAUGUAUGUCCAUAGUGGUAUUCUCACUGUUGUCUCUGUUAUUUGCAGUUGGACUGGUAGAUGUCUUUGAGUCCGAAGUAUUCUUCUUCCUUGUUUUUGAGUUGUGAGUUUACUCAUUAUGUUUAUGAUUUAAGAAUGACAUAGAACAUAAAUGCCCGUGUGACUGUUGAAAACUUUAAAAUUUGUCUUAUCUUCAAAGUAUUCUAAUGGAAGCAACGACAAAAAUGGUGGUUGAAGCAUUCUAUACUAAUGUUAUUAAACAAUGCGUUGCAUUUUUGGACAUACGUGUAAACCUGAUAUAGUCUCCUACAGUUGAAUGAUGUGUCUUAUGAAUAGGUAUUAAUCAUAACAAAUAAUUAAUAGUACAUACAUGUACACAGAUUAUCACAUUUCAAUGAUGUUUCAUGAUUUAUAAUAGGGCCGAGAAGGGUGAACUGUUCGAUCAUCUUACCGACCAAGUAACCUUGUCAGAGAAGAAAACCAGGUGAGAAACUGUAACUAGAAUAGGUGACCUACAAUUAACAAUAUUAUUGGAUCAGGCUGAGUAUGAUAUGAAAAAUUAAUGCGGUUUGACAGGGUGUUGUCAGCCUUGGCAAAUGAAACCUCUUAUAUCACCUGUUCAUAUCUUAUGAAAGCCAAAUUCAGUUAUCUUGUUCUUGUAGUAUUAAUUAUUGAAAAUAUUUCUAAUCUUAGGACAAUAUACUUACUUCCAUGUAAUUUUCCUGUAUUUAAAACUUUGAUUGUUUCUCUGCAUUUUUUGGAUACUGUAUAAUGUACACGGAUUUAUGUUCUACCUGAUCUUCUCCACUAAUGCUUUUAUAGCUUGCCAAUUGUCAGCCCUCAGCAAACACUGUGUUAAGUAGGGAUAGGUUAUUGAAUGAAAGAUUUGCAGUUCUCUAAAUGAAUGAGUUGCAUUUUAUACUUUAUACAGCAUUUGAAAUUCCUUAGUACAGUGGAACCUUGAUAUAAUGAAGGGCCAAGGGAGUGGCAAAAUUUGUUCGCUAUAAGGAGGCUUUGUUAUUUUGAGGUUCUUUUUCAUAUAUUUUACUAUUACUGGGGUUAAGAAAAUUGUUCAUUAUAUCGAGGACUACGUUAUAUAGAGGUUCAUUAUAUCGAGGUUCCACUUUAGUUACUUUGUUAUGUCAGUUUUUAAAUUUAAAUGUUAUUGCUAUUUAUUACUAGGCGAAUCAUGCACGAGGUACUUGGAGCAGUAAAGUUCAUGCAUGAUAAUGAAAUUGUGCACAGAGACCUGAAAGUGAGUACUGUACAAUAUCAACUUCAUUAUUUUGCUAUAUAUGUAGAUUUUGACUUUUUUAAUGACUGAGUUACACACAACUUCUUGUACGUGCACAAGAAGAGACAGAGAUUUUUAGGUAACCGUUGUGCGUUAUUCUUUAGUUUUUUCUGUUGUUCAAAUUGUACUCGGUACAUCUUAUAAUGUGGUUAAAGUUUCAGUGGUGUUAUUUCUUCCGAGAAUCCAGUCAAACGUCCAUAAGUGGCCACCAAAAUGCAAAGAGUUGGUGAUCACUGAUGGGAGUUUGUUGCUUACAGAAAUCGACCCACAGUGGUUCUCUUCCAAGAAGAAGUCUUUACUAUCUAGAAUUUCUACUAUCUUAUUUCAAAGUAACACGUGUAUGUGUUGUUACAUGUCUUUGAAAAUUCUUUGUAUACUCUGAGUGGCGUAGUUCACACAGUGAACAAAGAGAGUGUAUCAUGCAUCAAGUAGUUGCUUACAAGAGGGUAAAAACAACAGAAAAUUAUAAACCCGUCAGGCCAAAAAGUGUUUGGGGUUGUUUAAUAUUAUCAAAUCCCUUUUUUACUUAAGAUUCAAAAUUAGAGCCAUACGACUCAUCUAUUAUAGAUGUUGGAUGCUAUGAAAGAACAGAUCCAAUGUGCUUUUGAGUAUGGCAACACAACCCUAGCCCCACAAUAGAAGAGACGUCAUUGUUGGUGCAGAUGAGGCAUGACUAGGGGCAAAAGUGUUUAUUUAUUUUUCUUUUCUCUUUAAAAAUAUUUGUUAGUUUUAUUUUUAACAUUCCUUUCUUUUAUUACUUUCCUUAGCCUGAAAAUAUCCUCCUUGAUGAAAACUUUAAAGUGAAAAUAUCAGAUUUUGGCUUUGCAGUGAAGCUUAGAGAAGGGGAAACUUUGAGAGGUACUGUUUAUGUUCUUUUCCCAAGUUUGUCAACUCUGUUUUGUUUUUAUUGUAACAGGACCAUAAACACAGUAACAGAAGACGAGAAAUAAGACUCUUUUAUUUUAGAUUGCAUUUACAUUGUAUUUGGUAAUACUUCAGAUAUGCGUCUCUUCUUUAUAUCAUUUAGCUUCCUCUUUCUUUCGCCAGGGUGGAUUUUAAGUUCAAGUUUUCAAGGAAUAACUGACAGUAAUACUAUUAUGUUAUUAUUAUAUGUAGAAUUGUGUGGAACACCAGGUUACUUAUCACCCGAAAUCUUACAAUGCUCUAUGUUUGCUGAUGCUCCUGGUUAUGGAAAGGAAGUUGACAUGUAAGUAGAUGUUAUGUUUUUUUAUAUUUAUUUUUGGCAUUUGUGUAGUUUAUGUUGAUACUGCUAGUCUUGUCAAACAGAGUUGGUAGAUCGUUCAUCGCAUUUUUCUAUCAUGUGUUAUCAUGCAUGUUUCCCUGCCCUUAUAUUCUUACUUAUUAAUAAUAAUAUUUUUGUAAGUGGAAAAGUAUUAUGAAAUGAUAGCCUACAUGUACAAAAACAACUGUCUCUCCUUGCUCCUAGCAGCUGGGGUUGUUUUGCCAGGUGGGACAACUGUGCCUCGAUCAGUGACAGAAAUUCCAUACUGGUGAUUUAAAAUCUGUCCAGAAUCUUGCCAGGAGCUCUGAUUGGUUGACUUGGUAGUUGUUUUAACUAUUGAUUGUAAACAAACGGCAGUCAAAAAACAAAUGGUCACAAAGGUCAAAUGUAAACAAGUUAAAUCUACUACAAAACAGUCAGUAUUCGUGGAAUAUUCAUAUUCUUUAAAAAAAACCAUUUAAGUUUAGAGGGAGCUUGUUUCAGAAGAACACAAAAUUUAUCCAUAAUUGACCAGGAGAAACAAAAAAUCCAACAAAUUUGUAUAGGUAAUAGCAUGAUUUGUAGUGAUAUUUGGUAUAAAUACGAGUGAUAUUUCAAAAUUGUUAUACGUAAAUUCACGAGCCUUUAGGCAAGUGAAAUUUGAGACAAUUUUGAAAUAUCAUGAGUGAUAUUUAUGCCAAAUAUCACGUACAAAUCAUGGUAUUAUUUGUUUAUACUACUACCCACAAAAGGUUUGUAAUUUUCACAUGUAGGUAUUUCAAAUUAAGCUUAAAUACCACUGCUCUAAGCCAAUCAAAUUGCAGUAAUUUCUCAUGUAGUAGUAUAACUAUAGAUAAUAGCAUGAUUUGCAGUGAUAUUUGGCAGAAAUACCACGAGUGAUACUUCAAAAUUGUUAUACGUAAUUUCACAAGCCGUUAGGCGAGUGAAAUUUGAUACAGUUUUGAAAUAUCACUAGUGGUGUUUAUGCCAAAUUUCACGUACAAAUCAUGCUAUUAUUUGUUUAUACUACAACCCGCAAAGGUUUUGUAAUUUUCACAUGUAGGUAUUUCAAAUUAAGGUGAAAUACCACUGCUCUAAGCCAAUCAAAUUGCAGAAAUUUCUCAUGUAGUAGUUUAAAAAUGUGGAAUCCCAUUAAUGACUGCCAAAUUAAUUAUGUAAACAUUGGUUUACGUCAUCAGUAUGGAAUUUCUGUUGCUGGGGCACAGACGUUUCUCUUGGCAAAAUGUCCCUAGUGGCUAUGUUGUGCCGCAAUCCAAGCAACCUGUAGAGAACAACAGUCACCCCAGCUUUGUUGUUGUUGUUGUUGUUGUUGAAUGGAGGGAUGAAGGGGAGGGUGCAGGUUUUUUUUUUUUUUCCAGAAUUUACCUGAUUUGAAAACAGCAUCUUAGCAAUUUUAAGGCUGAUUGAAGGAUUGCUUUUGUUUCCUUUAAGAAUCAGUGCCUUUUUAAUGACAACUAAUAAAUAUCAUUUCUCUCAAUUAUAAUAAUUUUUUUCUCAUCAAUCAUUGGUGCUUGUGUAGUUGUAAAAACCCAUCAAGAAAGCCCUGUCACAGCUAUAAUAAACACAACUACAAGCAAGUUUUUGAUUGUUUUUUGUUUUAUGUUUUAGUUUAUUAAUAAUUCUCUUUUCUUCUUUCAUUGUUUUCAAGGUGGGCCUGUGGAGUAAUUAUGUACACCCUGUAAGUACAGUAUUGUAUAAGUAUUGUAUAUGUAGUAGUUAAUUUUUGGUCUCAGUUAAUUUUUGUUUUCCAACUAGUUAAUUUUUUUCCAACUAGUUAGUUUUUUUCUAACUAGUUAGUUUUUUUCUAACUGGUUUAUUUUUUGUAUCAACUGUCUAAAAAGGGAUUUUCUUUUAUGGGGUGUGGUUAAAAAAUAGGGGCGUGGUUUUUUAGGGGGUAUAAAAACAAAUGAAAUAAAUAUUGAAACAAUUGGGAGAUGUCUUUUGAUUACUUUCUNUAUUUGUAGGUAUUAACUGGGUUUAUAUAAGGCGAACUGAGAGAACAGUAAUAAGAUGUUUGUUUACAAAUUUUGUUUGCCGAUCGGUGACUGCUUUGUUAGUGUGUGUACGACUUGUAAAAAUACACACUGGCAAAUCUUUGUUUCAAAGCAGGACAGGGCUGUAAAUCUUAUUCUUAUUGGCUGCAACAUAUAUCUGAGGAGUGACAAAGAAUAAACUUGAAUUAUGGGGAUAAAUAAAAUCAAACCAAAUGCCCGGAAAUACUCUCGCGUCGCGAACAAUUAAUUUGAAUUUGUAAAUUUACUUGCGUGCAUCAAACUCGCUUCCGAUUGGUUUAAAAACAAUCAGCUACUGUCAGAACUCACACAUGCACAUUAUCGUGAACCAGUCCCUUCAAGGCUAAGUAAAAGUUGCUAAGUUUAUUGUAUUCCAUUAAUUCUUAAAUAUAAUUGUUGGCGACUAGCAUACUUGUUCUGGCGACCAAAAAUGAAAACUUGGGGGCCAGCUGGCCCCAAGAUUUUUUUCUGAAAUUCGAGCAGUGUAUAUGUUGCAGUUAAAUUUUGUUUUCUAACUAGUUAAUUUUUUUCCAACUAGUUAGUUUUUUUCUAACUGGUUUAUUUUUUCUAUCAACUGUCUAAAAAGGGAUUUUCUUUUAUGGAGUGUGGUUAAAAAAUAGGGGCGUGGUUUUUUAGGGGGUAUAAAAACAAAUGAAAUAAACAUUGUAACAAUUGGGAGAUGUCUUUUGAUUACUUUCUCCAUUCCCCACUGAGUCCCAUUACUCCACUUACUACCCCCAUUUACUCUAAUACCCCUCUAUUUUAUUUUUUUUUACUACAACAUUUGUACUUACCAAGCCUUGAACUCUCACCUUCUAGACUGCACUCGCUGAAUCUAAAGGACUAUGUGAUCUCCACUAUACCACAGAGGCUCUUGUUCUAAAUCACUCAAAAUUUCUAUUAAUUAUUUCUUAUUUGACCCAGUCCCACCCCAACCCACAUUUUUAAUUUAUGAAAGCAUUCGAGCAUGCGCAUUGGCUAGAAAACAAGACUUCAACACGAUUGAAGGUUUUUCGAACGCGCUAAGAUUCGCUUCGAAAUGGAAGAUUGUGUUGAUGAAAAAACUUUCUACGAAAAGUUAGAAUCCUUAAAGCGCGGAGAAAGCAAAGUUACAGUUUAUAUCGACGACUCGUUUUAUGAAAGUGCGAAGAAUUAUCUGCAAACCCUUCCGAAAUUUCAACAAGUCAAAGAACAUGAAUCACAUGCAAAAUUAGAAGAGUUAUUUUGGCUUUUUGGAUUUCCACAAACCCUGCACACUGAUAAUGGUAAAGAGUUUAAAAACAAACUAAUGCAUGAAUUCUGCCAAAACCAUGGGAUUAAACAAGCACAUGGUGCACCGAGAAAACCACAAACACAAGGCCUUGUGGAGAGAAAUAACAGGACUAUUAAAGAGAACUUAACAAACAUACUUAAAGAGAACCAAGCUGAUGCCACAACAUGGUGUUCAAGAUUGGGAGAAGUAGCUUACAAGAAGAACCUUACCAUCCACAGAGCUGUCAAGGAAAUACCAUAUCGACUUGUUUUUGGAAUUGAUCCCAAAAAAGAAAAGAAGUUGAAUCCCACUCAAGAAGAAGAUCAGCUGUCAGAGAUGGCAAAUACAAAUGCGCCAGUAAAACGAAAAACCCCACCCACUACUGAAUGUGAAAGCAGGAAAAGAACAAGAAUCGAAGUCAAUUCACGCCAAAUUGAGUACAAUGAAAAAAUGAAGAAGUCCAGGCAAAAGCCUCAAACCCUUAAUAUUGGAGAUUUUGUUAGCAUCAAAAUUGACCUAGUAGAUAAAACACCAUUUCAUCCAAAUGUGCUUAUGGGAGAAAUCAUUGCAUUUGAAAAUGAAUAUGCUAAAGUUGCUUGCAAAUUUGGAAUUAUUACCACCCUCAUUUCGCCAGCUAGAUUAGUUAAAUGCCAAGCAACAAAUAUCAAAAUAAGCAAGGAUAAGGAAAUCACUUUCACCAAAGCAUGCAAAAUGGCAAUAGAGCAGUAGAACAAGAAACUUUAUUUCACAGUUGUGUGUAAAUUCAAAUAUUUAUUGAUGUAUUUAAUGAUUGAUGCACAUCAACAUUGAAUGUACGCUGUAGACAACUCAAUUAGAACGGAAAUGACAUAAUGUCAGUGUUGUAAUUAACACCAUGUAUAGUAGUAUAAUGCAGUAAAGCCAAUGUGACUUCUUAAGUUUCUCUGUGAUUACAAAUAUUAAAGGACAUUCAACAUGUUGUUAAAUAGAUUGUUAUUCAUCGUGGAAAAUGUGAUGAUAAUGUGAAUUAUUCCAUGAAGAUACUCAUUACAAACUCAAUUUUUAUGAAGAAGCUAACCCUAACCUUACCCAAAACUUAUAGUUAACCCUAACCCUUAAUGAAAGCCAACCCUAACCCUAACCCCAACCUUAACCCAAACCCUAUAGCUAACCCUAACCCUACUCAAACAAACAAAAAAAACCCUUGAGCAUUUACUUAAAAAAAAGAAAAUAACAGGUUUUAUAAACAUAAUUUGUUGCAAAAACAAAAAUCAACCAGCCAAAAAAAAAUGUAACUAGUUAAAUUAUUAUUUACCUAGUUAGAAAAAAAUAAACUAGUUAGAAAAAAAUUAUCUAGUUGGAAAAAAAUUAACUAGUGAGAAAACAAAAUUAACUGAGACAAGAAAUUAACUACAACAUAUACGUUAUUUGUAUAAGUUAUCUGUUGGAGUCUUACCGACUUUUUUUACCUUCCUGUAAUGUCGAAUUCUGCAGUCUAUAAGGUGUUGUUACACAAGUUGCCUGUCUUAACUAGCCAUAACUUACUGUUUGCAAGCAGUAACACUACUAAUUUGAUUGUGAGCUAGUUGUUUGUUGUUGUUGUUUACCACAUCAGGUCAUACUAACACAUCUAGAAACUUACUAGACCAUUUUGCUCAUUAAAAGUACUAAGUGGCACACUUAUUUUCAUCCAGGCUGGUAGGUUGCCCUCCCUUCUGGCAUCGGCGACAAGUGGUCAUGCUAAGAUCAAUAAUGGAGGGGAGAUAUCACUUUCAUAGUCCUGAGUGGGAUGACAUUUCUGCCUCAGCAAAAGACUUGGUGAGCAUGUGUAGUAAUAUUAUUAUAAAUAAAUAAAAUAGAUGGAAUGAAUGAGUAAAUAAUAGCAAUUUGGUGGUCAGGUAGCACUUGCACAAAGUGCCUCUUCAUCUACCAUUCUAGAUUGAAUUGAAUUUAGAAAUGUUGAUAUACCACCUUGAAGCUAGGAUAAUGCUUGUGAGAUAUGUAUCACCAAAAACGUUUUUCUUCUUCCUUCUUUGUCUAUAGUCUUUGCAAUGUAACAGCCCCUCAACAACCUGUUUUUCAAUAAUUUAUACAUGCAAGAAAAAAUAAAAUUAAUACAAAAUUUAGUUGAGAGGAACCCAUAUCUCUCACACUAUUGACAUAAUAGUGACAAUACAAAUGCCACUGAAGAAUUUUAGGUUUAAAGCACCACCCAAUGUAGUGUUUCUUAUUGUGGCAUGUUUGGAAUUUCCUCCAGAUCUCCCAGCUUCUUGUUGUUCAUCCUAAGAGGAGGCUUACUGCAGAAAAAGCUUUGGAACAUAACUGGUUUAAAGAAGCUCAGGUACACCUUAUAUUACAUAAUUAUUCACUCAGCAGAUUGUUCAGCAUGAAGGUGUUACUACCAGUGAUAUUUUUUUUAGCAUCCAAGGUAGGGUCUGUAACCCAGUAACCAGUCCUAUUAACUGUUCAAAGCCAUAUAUGUAUUUCCAAAAUUAACCCUUUCAGCCCCAGUAUCCACAAACAAAUUCUUUAAACUGAUCUCCAUACAUUUCCUUAAAGAAUUAGUUGAGAGAAUUUGAUAAAAGAUCAAAGCAUUUUCCCUGGGGUGAUCAUUAAUUUUUCUUAAUUCUCACAACAUUCUCUUGAUUGUGUAUUGAUGUUGUUAAGGAGAAAAUUGAUGUUGGUCAUUCUUUGGACAUAAAGGGUUAAAAUUAUGAGUGAGUUCUAGCCUACAAGCCAGUCCAAUUAAUAUUAUUAUUUUUUUUAUUUCGUCAACUUGGAGUUUUAAUAUAGAUUUGCCUCUUCAACUGUGAAUAUUCUGAACAUAAAAAGCUUUCCAAUCCUGGUAAAUUCCAGAACCUUAAAAGCGGAUGCCUUUCAGACCUUUGUAAUGCUCGUUCUUUGUCAGGGUGCAUUUCUUUGGGAAACUCCAAAUGAAUUUUGAAUUUUGAGAUUCCACACCCCGAAAGUAUUCGUAACAUAAAGACAAAAUCCAGCAUUUAGGAUUUGUAGUCUCUUUUUCAUUGGGCAUGGAUCCGAGAAUGUGCACCUGGCAAAGCUGUGAAAAUAUGAGGUCUUCCACAUCUUGACAGAUAAUGUCAAUACUACCCAAAUAAUAAAAUCCAAAGAAUUUGAGAUCAAGAAUCUAUUAAUGGAUUUUCCAAACAAAUGCAAAUGCACCUUAGAGAAUAAGAACCUGUCUUACGUGCCCCCUCUCUCAAAACAACCUAUUUUCAUGGGUACACUGUAAGGCAUGAUAUUGUUUACUCAAUCAUAAGUAUAACUUUGAGUGGAUAUUGCUCUUUUACAGCAAGCACGGAAUGAAGGUUUUUCUGCAAGGUGGAAAUUCAAGGUAAGUUCAUUAUCCUUUCUGAAGGAGAAGCAGACAGUUUUGUCUAAAGAGCACACGUAAUAAUAUACCCAUUAUGUUUGGAUUCCAAAUAGUUGUGGGAAAAGGGUCAUAUCUAAUAACAGUUAACUCCCUCUGCAAAAUUAAGGAAUUCACUUUAUUUUAUUAGAAGUUUGGAUCUCAAUAUGUUUUAUACUAUACAUGUAUAGUAUUUAUAAAGCUUUUCACUCCUACGGUUAAUGCAUGUUGUUGUCACUAAGGACUUUCUGCAAGUGCACGAGUAUGUCAGUGGCGUACAUGUACAGUUCUUCCUCUAUGGUUUUAAGUAAUUUACACCUUUUAAGCUGCACUGUAACAUGCUAUGGUUUAUUGUUUUAUUCCUACUGCAUUUUUUUCUCUUGGACUGAAUUGAAUUGAUAUGGUAUUCUUGGAAGUUACUAAGUAUCAUUGAAUGAAUGAACAACUUUGUUAACAUGUCAAAAUCUUCUAGCUGGCCACAAGUAGCCUACUAAUCGGGGACACCAAAAACCGACUGUUUUGUUGUUUUUUGUAUUGUAGGGAACGGUUAUUGCAAUCAUUGCGGUGCACGAAUUGUCGAAGUUGGCAAAAAAUAAGCUACAACCAGUGACUUUUGAUUUAAUUCUUCGCGAGCCUUAUGGCGUAAAACCGCUGCGGAAAAUGAUUGAUGGAUGUGCAUUUCGUAUCUAUGGACAUUGGGUCAAGAGGAAUAAGGAUGAAAACCAGAACCGAGCUGCCCUCUUUGAGAAUAAGCCACACAAAGAAAAAUAUAAUGGCAAUGGACAUACCUAUAGAAAGACUGGCAUUCUGGAGUCGUAUAAUGCAUCGUUCAGAAUGACGUCGUUAGGGCAAAUUCAGUACAAAUCCGUCAGGCAGAAACCUGUGCAUAACUGAAAUCACGUUGGUACGAGAGAGUUAUUUUUGACGUGAAAAGAGUGGAGGUUUGCAAGUUGGUUCUGUUAAGGAGAAUUAUUUAUAUUUAAAGAAGUAUCAAAGCUUGGACAAGGCUUUCAAACGUGGUGUUAUGAAGUUGUCAAGCAUCUUAAUGUCUUUGUGGAAUAUUAUUAUUUCAUUGUGUUUUGUGCAACAUUUAUCAC